CCGCAGGUCCUGUACCACCACCUGUCUGCACUGCUGAGCUCCGCCCCCUGCUCUGGUCACAUGAUAGUGACGUCACCCCAGGUCCUUCCGCUCUCUGUCUCCAUGGAGAAGCUGCCCCCGGCCGCCAUGAUGGAGGCUCCCCUCCCAGGUUCUGACUCCAGGAGAAGUCCCCCCGAGAGAUGUCCCCGUCCUCUGUAUUCCCAGGACUGUCCAGAGGAGAAGCUCCCAGAGAACCAUCAGGGUGAAAAUCUGAUGGAUAUUAAGGUUGAGGUUAAAGAUGAAGCAGAAGAGGAGACGGAUUUAUGGGGCGAUCAGCAGGAUGGACUCAUAGAAGGAAGUCCCCCCAAGAGAUGUCCCUGUCCUCUGUAUUCCCAGGACUGUCCAGAGGAGAAGCUCCCAGAGGACCAUCAGGAUGAAAAUCUGAUGGAUAUUAAGGUUGAGGUUAAAGAUGAAGAAGAAGAGGAGACGGAUUUAUGGGGCGAUCAGCAGGGUUCAGACUCCGGGAGGAGAAGUCCCCCCAAGAGAUAUCCCCGUCCUCUGUAUUCCCAGGACUGUCCAGAGGAGAAGCUCCCAGAGAACCAUCAGGAUGAAAAUAUAAAUGUUAUUAAGAUUGAGGUUAAAGAUGAAGAAGACGACGAGACGGAUUUAUGGGGCGAUCGGCAGGAUGGACUUAUAGAAGGAAAUCCCCCUGAGAGAUGUCCCCGUCCUCUGUAUUCCCAGGACUGUCCAGAGGAGAAGCUCCCAGAGAACCAUCAGGAUGAAAAUCUGAUGGAUAUUAAGGCUGAGGUUAAAGAUGAAGCAGAAGAGGAGACGGAUUUAUGGGGCGAUCAGCAGGAUACUGACUCCAGCAGGAGAAGUCCCCCCGAGAGAUGUCCCCGUCCUCUGUAUUCCCAGGACUGUCCAGAGGAGAAGCUCCCAGAGAACCAUCAGGAUGAAAAUCUGAUGGAUAUUAAGGUUGAGGUUAAAGAUGAAGCAGAAGAGGAGACGGAUUUAUGGGGCGAUAAGCAGGCUUCUGAUUCCAGGAGGAGAAGUCCCCCCAAGAGAUGUCCCCGUCCUCUGUAUUCCCAGGACUGUCCAGAGGAGAAGCUCUCAGAGAACCAUCAGGAUGAAAAUCUGAUGGAUAUUAAGGCUGAGGUUAAAGAUGAAGAAGAAGAGGAGACGGAUUUAUGGGACGAUCAGCAGUAUGGACUCAUAGAAGGAAAUCCCCUCGAGAGAUGUCCCCAUCCUCUGUAUUCCCAGGACUGUCCAGAGGAGAAGCUCCCAGAGAACCAUCAGGAUGAAAAUCUGAUGGAUAUUAAGGUUGAGGUUAAAGAUGAAGCAGAAGAGGAGACGGAUUUAUGGGGCGAUCAGCAGGAUGGACUCAUAGAAAGAAAUCCCGCUGAGAGGUGUCCUCGUCCUCUGUAUUCCCAGGACUGUCCAGAGGAGAAGCUCCCAGAGAACCAUCAGAAAAUCUCAGUAGGAACGUUGAAGAAAAUUUCUUGUUAUCACGGAAUUACAAAUCUGAAGAUGAGGAUCUCAUGCAGUGCUCGACACAAGAAAACCUCAUUACCAGACAUGUACAUAUUGGACUUCACAAUACUGAUCUGUCAUAUUAUCCGGCUAAGUGUGAGGAACCUUCUCCUGACCAAUCACAGAUUGGUGCCACAAGUACAGAUCAGAAAGAGGAAAAAAGUUUUCAGUGCUGGGAAUGUGGAAAACAGUUUCCAUACCUCUCAGGUCUUUUUAUACACAGAAGAAUUCACACAGGAGAGAAACCAUACUCCUGUUCAGAAUGUGGGAAAUGUUUUACCCGUAAAACAGGCCUUGAUAAACAUAAGAGAAUUCACACAGGAGUGAGACCAUA